CGGGGCCGCGCCGAGGCUGCUGCGCGUGAGCGCCAUCCCGGAAGUGCGAGGCUCCCAGAUGUGCAGGUGCCGCUGCUGCCACCACAGCCGCCGCCGCCGCCGCCUUUGCAGCUGAGUCCGGGGGUGGUGGGAGAUGGAGUGGGGAGGCCAGGAGGCGGUCCGGGAGGGGACAGUGCUCGCUGCCUCCCGGGGCCCAGCGCGGAGUGGGGGUGGGGGCGCCCAGCUGUGCACCUCUGCCCGGACACAUCUGGCGACGGUCCCCAGCCCUUUCCCUCCUGAGCCGGCCGCAGAGGAGGAGGAGGAGGAGGAGAUGGAAUCUCCCGACUCUGCCUCAGAGGUGUUCUGCAACCGGAUCCUCAGCAUGGUGAAUUCGGAGGAUGUAAAUGCCAUCAUUCAGGCCCAGAAGAACAUGCUGGACCGAUUUGAGAAAACCAAUGAAAUGCUCUUGAACUUUAAUAACCUCUCCAACGUCCGCAUGCAGCAGAUGAGUGAGCGCUUCACACACCAUACCAGGACACUGAUGGAGAUGAAGAAGGAUCUGGACAGUAUCUUCCGAAGGCUCAGGACUCUGAAAACGAAACUGUCAAAGCAAUACCCAGAUGCUUUUAGUCAUAUCCAUGAGUCUCCCAUUCUGGAGGAGGAAGAUGAUGAUGUGGACCCCAUCCUGGCCAGCUCAGCUACCACCAUUGCUACCUCAGAGCAGAGUACGGGGUCGUGUGACACGAGCCCAGACAUCAUCUCCCCAGUCCUGAGCCCCGAUUUUGAAGAUUUAUCCCAAGGCCGGCUGGACUCUCCAGCUGUGAAUGGAGAGAGCCUCACAGGUGAUGAUGAAGAUGAUGAUGGUGGUGGUGAGAGGGCCCAGGAGUAGGAAGGGCUACCUUCUACCGCAGGUCCCAAGGAGUCAAUGCACCAUAGGGUACACAGGAGGGCCUUCCCACCUUCCAGUGUCUUGGAAAUGUGGUCCUGGCUGGUUGCCCCCUGGCUUAGAACAACAAACCUGGGGGAGACAGCUCCAGAAAAGAUUCUCAUCUGGCCUUUGGGGGCCGUGGAGCCACGGUCCUGGCACGAAGCCAGGCAUGGGGGGGUAGGCCAGACUCAUUGGGGAGCGGUCAUGGUGUGGGUUUCCCCAGAUUUUUUUUUGGCUAAUGCUUUUCUGCUGGUAUCUUUCUCGCCAAAUUCCUUUCCUCCCUGACCCCCACCCCCAGUUCCUGGUAUUUCUGCACAUAUGAAACCAAGCCUGGGCUUUUCCAGACCUACAUCUCUGGGUUUUAGCAUCCCAUAGGUUUAUUCUGAGCCCUGUGCGAGAAAGGAGGCUCAUGGACUUGACUGGGCAAUGUCCUAUGCCCCCUUCCAGCCCUGGCUCACAGGCUGGUUCUCAAUAAUUCUGUGAAGUAGUUCCCUUUAGGAAACCCAGAGCCAGGCCUGACUCUGAGAGGCCCAGUAACUGUGCUUACACUAAACCUCCUCCUUCACGGUACGUCCGCACACACACAUCCACACAUGUGCACACACCCAUCCAUCCAUCCACAUAUUCACUCCCAGGCACAUAGAACACAUUAUCGGGCACAUGCACAGAUGUGUAUUCAUGUGUAUCCAUAUGUGUAUUCAUGCUCACACAGGCGCAAACACUUAACACAGAUUGAACACCAAGUAUUUUCUUCUGUUGGUACCCUUAGGGCUCUUUUGAAACAAGUAAUAUUUCUGAGAUGGAAUUCAAAGGAAGUUGCUUACUCUUACGGACAGUGUUUGAACAGAGAGCAGCGACCAUAGAUUUCCCUGUCGAGAGAGGAGAAGGUACCACCAAGCCGCUGCCUCCUUCUCCACCCCCCUUUCAGGGCCCUCAGCCCAGCGGGUAGGGACAUCUUUGGAAAUAAAAGUUGAAUUGACUUAUUUUUGUACCCUAAGUUUCCAAAUCCUAUGGGGGAAAUAAAUAAAAUUUUCUGUUACUACGAGGGUCAGUCCGAA